GUUUUCGCGUUUUUCUACGCAUUUCGUUAAUGCACCCAGUAUAAACAACAAUUAUAAAAAAUACGUGAUUUUUUCUUAUAUUAAACUUAAUAUUUUAAAAUAAUACUUGUUUUAAUCAAAAAAAAUUGUACCAAAAUCGAAAUAUAAAAUGGAAUUAGACUGGCAACAUGAAUUCUAUGAAAUAAAAGAUCGUGGUUUGCAUUUGUUGCAGACUGAAAAAUGGGCCGAUUGUCGUUUCCUGGUUGGUGGUGCACCACCAAAUCAAAAAAUCAUUGCUGGCCAUAAACUUAUCUUGACCAUGGCCUCUCCGGUCUUUGAGCGUAUGUUUUAUGGUCAGUUGGCUGAUAAAGAUGAUCCUAUUGUUAUACCCGAUGUGCAGCCUGAUGCUUUUCAGGCCAUGUUGGAGUAUAUUUACUCUGAUCGUAUUAAUAUCAGUUCAUUCGACAAGGCCUGUGAGUUGUGUUAUGUAGCUAAGAAAUACAUGUUGCCGCAUGUAGUGGAACAAUGUACGCGUUUUUUGUGGUCGGAUUUGAGUCCGAAAAAUGCCUGCCGGGCUUAUGAGUUUGCAAAACUUUUCGAUGAGCCCCGUUUGAUGCAAAGUAGCAUGGAGUUAAUAGCUGGUCAUACCCGAGAAGUUUUGGCUGAUCCCAGUUUCAUGGAUAUUGAAAUGUCUACUCUAAUGGCCAUUUUAGAUCAGGACAAAUUAAAUAUAGAUUCUGAAUUGGAUUUAUUUAAUGCUUUGCUACGUUUCGCCAGCGAAAGGGGCAUGUUUAGAGAUGAAUCCUUGCAAAACAAUGCCCAAAAUGCUGAGCAAAAUACUGCAAAUAAUGGUGGUAGUGGUGGUGGUAUGUUGCAAGUUGAAGAAAUAAAAAUGGAACCCGAUGUUAAUGCUAUGAUGCAGGGUCAUGAUGAUGAUUAUAAUGAAGAUAAUUACCAUCAUAAUGUACCCUCUCCCGAUGUUGUUGUAGUGGAUAGUGAUACAUCUGCAACAGAUGCUUCGGAAAAUGAAAGUGGUGGCAGAGCAAUAUCAGCACCCGCCUCAUCCAUUUCAUAUGAACAACCGUCCACUUCUGCUGCAGCAGCCUCAAAUGCAAAUGCUUCUAAUCUUAAUUAUUUUAUGGAUACUCAACAUUCAAUUAUAGACGAAGAUAUGUUGAAAAGAGCCGUGAAGAAAAUUCGCUUUCUCACCAUGACACCACAACAGUUUGCUGAGGGACCUGCGCGCUCUAAAUUGCUGCAGCAACAUGAAGCUUUGGCUAUUCUCAUCAAAAUUUCCAGUCCUUCUAUUAAUGACUGUCCCAUGCCAGAGGGUUUCUGUAGUUCACGUUGCAGUCGCAACUACUAUGAACAACGCAGUAGUCAGCGUGAUUUAUCUGGUUUUCUACAUAUUCAUACGCCUAAUAAUAGCUUCAUACAGGGCAGUGGUAACAUAUGUAAUUAUGCUCCCAUGGAUGCAUCUGUCGAUCAUGUUCAACCACAAAUCUUAAGCUCAAAUCGAACAUGCAAUUUACCAGCAAAUAAUAGCAAUGCCCAUAAAUCUCGUGAUAAUACAGGUGUGUCUUUGGCAACUGGUGGUGGAGAUUCAGAUGUGGCUACGAACGACACUCGUCGUUCGUAUUGUGUACGCACUGUUAAUCCACAAUUUGAUUAUCGUAAUACUAGUGUUACCGAUUGUGGUUUAACAUUUCAGGUUGAUACGAAUAUUUGGAUAACAGGUGUCCAAGUACCCACCCAAGUACUUUGUGGUGAACUCAUGAACUCAGCUGGUUUUUCUGAACGUUAUACCGAAAUUCUAUAUGCUCACAUACAGGACAUUCAAGGAUCACGUCUUAGUUACACUCAUUGUACAUCACGCGUUCGCUAUGAUUCUCUGCUGGAAAUCUCAUUCGAUCGUCCUGUCUAUAUCUAUCGUAAUCAAAUCUACAAAGUGUUUGUUGUCUUUAAUAAAAUCGGUUGGUAUCCCAUGUAUACAUCUGUGCCGGAUGUCAUCUGUAAUCGUGUUAAGUUUCGUUUUAAUGUUGGCGAUCCUGGUGAGUCGGUACGUGAUGGUCUAAUACGUGCCAUUGUCUUUUCAACGCCACAAGACAAUAGUAGACAUAUUUUGGAGUAAAAAGUAUUAUAUAACGAACGAAAAAAUAUGAUAUUCAAGUUUUUAGUAUAGAAAAGGAGAAGACUUUGUGGCAAUAUAUGCACAAUUUGUUAAAAAAAAAAUAAAUUCAUGCUUAUGAUGAAAGAAAUGCA